UGCGGUCGUGGAAGUGAGAGGGUGGGUCGUGAGUGGAGUGGACCUCAGCCUUCUUGAAAAAGACCUCCACGCAUUUUGUACGUGUGUGUGCGUGUGUGUUAAUUUCUAGAGAUGAAGUGUGUUUGCCUCCUGUGGGGUUGUCUGCUCUUCUCGACCGGCAGCGUGGUUCCGGUGUGCGUGGGCGAGAUGUUCACGUCGCUGCUCAACGUGCGGCAGGCGAUCAGCGUGGAGAGGAAGCUGAUCGACGAGCUGAAGGCUUACAUCGAUCACGAGUGGGAUAGGCUGGAGGACAUCAAGAGGUUUUAUUCCAAGGUGUCGCACCUGCACAGUGACACCUACAGAGGCUCGCCAAACGCCAUGGCCAACCCACUGGUGGCGUUCACCCUCAUCAAACGUCUACAUUCCGAGUGGCUCAAUGUGGUUUACAGCCAUGAAGCCUCAGAGAACGCACAAGCCCUCAGGUCCAGUUACGAGGAAGAAGAGGCCAACUUGCCCAAACUGGAGGACCUGCGGGGGGCCGCCAGGGGCCUGAUGAGGUUGCAGGAUGUGUACGCGCUCCACGUGGCCAGCCUGGCGAGUGGUCGCUUCCGGAGAGUGGCGGACGGAAAACUGGUGGACGUUUACAAACCGUCUGUGUCUGUGUCGCUGUCUGGUGAUGACUGCUUCUUGGUUGGAAAGGUGGCCUACGAGCAGGAGGACUACUACCACUCGGUUCCAUGGCUGGAGGAGUCGGUGCAGCUCUUCAGGGGCCCGGGAGGAGAGUGGAGCCCCGAGAACGAGGGCACGCUGGAGGACGCCCUGGACCACCUGGCAUUCUCUCACUUUAAAACGGGAAACAUCUCCCACGCUCUGUGUCUGUCUCAGGAGUUGCUGCAUCAUGACCCAAUGAAUGGAAGGGUCUUGGAAAACGUUGAGAAAUACGAAAGGUUACUGACAGCAAGGCCGCCCGCGUCGCUCCGUGACCCAGGCCUGACGAGACCCACAUCCAAAUAUUUAAGAACCAGGGACGCUUACGAGAGACUGUGCCAGACCCGAAGCUCUCAGAACCGCAGACUGUUCUGCGACUACUUCACCAACGGGAGCCCGGCGCUGACGCUGAUGCCUGUAAGACGUGAAGUGCUGAGCCUGCAGCCGUACGUGGUCAGGUACCACAACUUCAUCACAGACACGGAGUCUGACGACAUCAAGACCCUCGCCAAGCAGGGAUUGAGAAGAUCCGUUGUGGCAGCUGGAGAAAAACAAGCCACGGUAGACUAUCGCAUCAGCAAGAGUGCCUGGCUGAAGGACACAGCACACUCCAUGGUUGGCAAGCUGGACCGCAGGAUCUCUGCGCUCACGGGUCUCAACGUGACACACCCGUUUGGUGAGCACCUCCAAGUGGUGAAUUAUGGCAUCGGUGGGCAUUAUGAACCUCACUUUGACCACGCCACGUCGCCCUCAAGUCCUGUGUUUCGGCUGAAUACUGGCAACCGGGUGGCCACCUUCAUGAUUUAUCUCAGCUCUGUCGAGGCUGGUGGAGCCACAGCCUUCAUCUACGCCGACUUCAGUGUACCUGUCAUGAAGAACUCCGCCAUCUUCUGGUGGAAUCUGCACAGAAGUGGAGCAGGAGACGACGACACCCUGCAUGCCGGCUGCCCUGUGCUUAUUGGCGACAAAUGGGUGGCAAACAAAUGGAUCCACGAGCAUGGCCAAGAGUUCCGACACGCCUGCAGCCUGAAUCCUGAGGAGUGAUGUGGACGGAGUGUAUUCCUUUUGGAGUCAAAAGAGCGAGGGACACGUGCAGGCAUCAAGCAGCCUUCAAGCAACUCGAGUGGAUCGCACAAACCCGAGCAAAAAGUAACAGAGGCGUUUAUAGCGACGAGCCUCCAGAGGCCAAAAGAUGUACUGGCCAGGUCCUGCAGAUGCACACAAGAUUGAGAACACUGCUGGAUUCACUUAACGGUCUAAAGAUCCAAACAUGCUUGCUUGGAUGAAAAGAUUUCUGAGUCUACAGUGACAAACACAACAUGUCAAGCUAUGUUUGGAUGCUGACAGCCUAAUUACCUCCUCCAAUUACACAAGGGAGGAGUCUGUGCUUCAAUUAGUGCACUUCCAUACUUCCAUUCUGAAUGUAUACUGUUGUACCUCACAAACACGCCCUGAAUGGUUUGUGUACAGCAAUGGACCCUAACCACCCUCAAUCACUGCCAUCUUGAUACAUACAGUGGGGCAGAAAAGUAUUUAUGGGAGAACUUGCAGAAAUUGUGCAAGUUCUCCCAUUUAAAAUGAUGACAGAGGUCUGUAAUUUUCAUCAUAGGUACACUUCAACUUUGAGAGACAGAAUGUGAAAAAAAUCUGGGAAUUCCUAUUGUAGGAAUUUUAAAGAAUUUAUUUGUAAAUUAUGGUGGAAAAUAAGCAUUUGGUCAACCAUUCAAAGUUCUCACUGAUGGAUGGAGGUUUUGGCUCAAAAUCUCACCAUACAUGGCCCCAUUCAUUCUUUCCUUAACACGGAUCAAUCGCCCUGUCCCCUUAGCAGAAAAACAGCGUCAAAGCAUGACGUUUCCACCCCCAUGCGUCACAGUAGGUGUGGUGUUCUUGGGAUGCAACUCAGUAUUCUUCUUCCUCCAAACAUGACGAGUUGAGUUUAUACCAAAAAGUUCUAUUUUGGUUUCAUCUGACCACAUGACAUUCUCCCAAUCCUCUGCUGUAUCAUCCAUGUAUCCAUUUGUGUAUAAACUCAACUCGUCGUGCUUGGCCAUAGUAAAACAGCACAAUUUUAACACAUAACAUGUGUUUUAAGAAGAAAAACAAACUUUUAGAUAUGAAAUGUACAAACAACUUCAAUAGUUUUAUCAGUUGAUAAUUACAUAUAUCCAAUCCAAUCCCCUUUAGCUGUACAGCACUAUUAACAACAGAACUGUUUCCAGAGUGCCGCACAUAAAAAGAAACAAUAAAAAGUAAUUACAUUAAAUAAUUUAAAAUAAAACAAGUAAAAAACUAAUCAAUAAAAUAGAAUGAAACAAUAAGAGACAAAUCAAUAAAAUAAAUCAAUAAAAUAAACAGAGGACCAUUAGACUCAUUUAAAUUUAAAAGCCAGAGAGUAAAAGUUGGUUUUAAAGGGGAAAUGCACUUUUUUGGGGGAAUUUUGCCUAUCGUUCACAAUCAUUAUGGAAGACAAAAGGUUUUUUUCUUCACAUUCUAACAUGAAAAAUGGUCUCGUUUUAGGUACCUAGCAAUGCAGCUAAUGGGUGCAAUCAAUUCUACCUCUAAAUCACUUUGACAAUGCAUUAAAAAAACGUCAACAAUACUUCAUUUACGCUCCGUAACCUGUAUAAUAACCAAACUGUAGUAACAUUGUUAUUUUAAGAGCGAACACUGAGGAACUCGUUUUUUGUAUUGUACUAAGUUGAUUGGCAACACUAAAUUGGCCCUAGUGUGUGAAUGUGAGUGUGAAUGUUGUCUGUCUAUCUGUGUUGGCCCUGCGAUGAGGUGGCGACUUGUCCAGGGUGUACCCCGCCUUCCGCCCGAUUGUUGCUGAGAUAGGUGCCAGCGCCCCCCGCGACCCCGAAAGGGAAUAAGCGGUAGAAAAUGGAUGGAUGGACUAACACAUCAGCAUGCUACGGUAUUAGCCGUUAAAGCUAACUACGGCAAGAGAUAAGUUAACUUCUACAUUAGCACAGAACGUGUUUGAGUUAGGAAUGCAGAACACAAUGUGCUAAGACACCAAUCUGUACUGACUGAAAAACAUGAACAAUCAUAUUACAGUAUCUGUAAAAUGUUAGCCCAUAUUUCAUGUUUUGUCCGUACACAGUUAAAGUUAGCCAGAUAGCUUGUGCUGUCUGUCAUGAUACACACAUGACGUGCUGCUUGGAUCAUGAUUAAUAUAAAGUGUGACUCACUGGAUGGACAGUUGUCUCUUUGGUCCAGCUGGCCAGGGGCGUUUUUUCAAACUUUUUUGGAGUAAGCAUGCCAUUUAUGACCAAAAAGCUUGUCUCCAAAUUCCACAUUUGCAGCUUUGAUUCACUUUCACCUCACUCUCUUGGCUUUCGUCUGCUCCAACGCUUCACCCUCUUCUUUGUGCUGGCUUCUAAAAGCAUUAGUUAUUCCUCCAUAAAUUCAGAUUAAAAAAGAUAAAGUUGUGAAUCCUAAUUUUUCCCAAAAAAGUAAUCUUCGUUGUUUGUUACCAAGUCUGCCAUGAUAAGAAGACACGCAAGUUUUUUGUAUCUGGAAGUAGGAACACGCUCUAAGUCGGAAGUGCGCCGCUAUGGAAACAGAAAUCAAUGCUCCCAAAUAUAGUAAGUAUUGCACAUAAUACAUAUUGUUAUGAACAUGUCUGUUCCUACAUUAUAUAUAUACUUGCUGUGUGUAUAUAAAACAAUGAUGGAGGGUUUUGAAGUUGUCUUAGAGGGCUUUGAAGGUGUCAGGCUUGUCCCUGACAGUUUGGCUAUGUUAGUUUUUUCCUCUGCAUUUGUCUUUGUUCCUGACAGCAAUCUUAUUUUGGUAAUUUUUCUGAUUUUCUCCCUGAGUGCUUUUUUCCCCUCAGCUGUGGCUGAUUGGCACCUGGCCACACGUGGUGUCAAUCAGCCAACCGCUAGUUAGACCUGCUUUCUCCUCCAGUCAGUGCUGGAUUAUUGUCAUUAAUGCUUUUCGUAGAACCUGUAGCUGCUUGCAGCGUGCUGUCUUUUUGUUGCUAGUUCCUGUUUGCUGGAUCCUGUUUCCUGUUCCAUGCUACCAGUUUGUUUGUUCCUGGUUCCUGGUUUGUGAUUCCUCUUUAUUUUUACAUUUUUGGACAUUAAAUUAUGUUUUCUUAUUCAAUGCCUGCCACCGUCUCUGCAUCUUGGGGUUUGUCAAAAAUUCAACGUGACAGAAUACUCCAACCUAACACGAACCCCGCAGAGAUUUCCGUGGCGGAGAGGCUUAACAAAGCACUCAGGGAGAAAAUCAGGAAAUUACCAAAAUAAGAGUGCAGACAGGAACAAAGACAAAUGCAGAGGAAAAAAACAACAUAGCCAAACUGUCAGGGACAAGCCUGACAAAAGGCUCCAACGGUGACUGCUAUUAGCCGCAUCUUUCAAAGCGUUUUUUAUCGUCGUUAAAAUUCUAAUUAAAAAAAGAUGCGUGUUCUUGUCUCUGAUAUUGAUUGUGAACGAUAGGCAAAAUUCCCCAAAAAGUGCAGUUCCCCUAUAAGACGAGACUUAAAACAUUCAACAGUGAAGGCUGUGAGAAGGCAGAACAUUCCAUAGUUUAGGGCCCACAACAGAGAAGACCCUGUCUCUCUGUUUUAGCCUCGUUUUAGGUCCACAAGUUGGAACUGGCCCUCGGGCCUCAAUGCGCGAGUUGGGGCAUACAUUUGGAUGAGGUCCGUGGUGUACUUGGAGGCCAGUCCAAACAAAGCUUUAAAAAACAAAUAGUACAAUUUUUUUUAUCAAUUCUAAAACGAACAAGAGGCCAAUGCAGGGAAGUGAGAUUCCGGGUGAUGUGCUCCCUUUUUUUGAUUCCUGUUAAAAAUUGUGCCGCAAAAAUAAAUAAACUGUGCCGCACAGUCCUGGACUAACUGUAACUGACUUAUAUUUUAAUGAGAGACUUAUACGGCUUAUACGGUAUCUCCUUCCAGCUGCUUCUCCGUAGAUUCAUGGAUAAAUGCCCGGCGCUAAGAUAUCAUUUAAACAUCCUUGUCCGGCAUUAGACUCAUUCUCCUUCAGUACAGCGCCGACUAUAGCAGUGACGCGUUCCUCCUGCUUUGUCAAGUGGACUACUAAAGCUGUCAUGUUUCUGAUGAUUUCUUUCUUUAACUCAAUGAAUAUCAUCUGUUUCUUCUUAGCACUGUCCGUAACGCUCACUUCUUCCACGUCUUCCCCGUGGUUGGAAAAAGAAAAAGAAAGUUACGUCGAUCUCUAUCUGUAAGUUAAUGCUAACGAGUAAGACCAGACAUUUUAGGGUAGAUCUUACAGGGUUCACUGUUGCAUUUGCAAUGCUACCCAAUGGCAGAGAUGCUUGUAAGUCACAGUGGGCCCCAUUCAAAUAUUGUUCUUUGGCCCACUUACAAAGUUUUUAAGGAGAUUUUUGUAUUCACCAGUGUUUUCGUAGCUGGGAUUUUUUUACUAGGUAAGAACAAAAUGUACGAGUGCUCCAAAGCACUCUUAGGGUGGCCUAUUUGUUCUUAAGUGUGACAAUUUCCCUUACUUCUAUUGUCUAAUGUUAAAUUAAUAUCAUAGAUAGAUAGAUAGAUAGAUAGAUAGAUAGAUAGAUAGAUAGAUAGAUAGAUAGAUAGAUAGAUAGAUAGAUAGAUAGGUAGGUAGGUAGGUAGGUAGGUAGGUAGGUAGGUAGAUAGGUAGAUAGAUAGAUAGAUAGAUAGAUAGAUAGAUAGAUAGAUAGAUAGAUAGAUAACAUAUUUCACGACCAUGUAGACCUAUUUGCCCCAAGUGACAGAUAUUGAACGCUGCAGUCCCCCCUUUCUUAAACUUAUGUUUUGACAUUAGGUAUUUCCCCUGCGGGAUAAUACAAAUUUCUCUUCUGUAAUCUGUUUGUGUUUUCUCCUUGUGUUUGAUGUUUGGUUUUUCCGCCGGAAUUGUGCCAUCAUAUGGGGAAUUAAGGGUGUUUACCUAUGCAAAUUACCGAAUUAAGGGCGUUUACAUAUGCAUAUCAGGGAAAUAAGGGGUGUUUUAUGCAAAUUAUGAUAGACACGCACGUGCUAACCAUUUGACAUUCAGCAACUUAAGAACACCAGGUGGGAACAAUUUGGUCGUUUAAUAACACGUCAUGAAUUUGAAUCGACUCCUCUUAGGAAAUCACUUAGGAAGAAAGAUAAGAGGAAAAGUUAGGAACUCAUUGCUGAAUGGGGACCAGUAUUGCUUGCAACUUAAAGCAUAGCAAUCAGCCAAAAGACAGCUCUUAUCUCAAAACACUCUUAAAUCAAGGUGCCACUGUAUUGCGACAGAGUGCAAAGUGACUCAUUUAGGAAAGAACUACGUUGUUAGGAACAAAGUACGCAGUAUGCACAUUUAAGUGUAAGUCUGGAAGUGUGUGAUUUGGAGCACAGUGCAUUACACUGCUCAUUGCUGCCACCUGCCAGACUGGAGUGGAACGCCAACGCUAAGUUAGCAUGUCAUUUCUUACCAAUCAAACAAGUGACAGGAUAUUUGUUUGCAUUUUUGUCUGUUGGUUAUUCAUUUUGUCAGUUAGUAACUGUGUUAUAAGGUGUUUAAAAUGUUGCUGAGCCACAGAAAGCCACACGUGGGGAUUAUAAUUAAAACUUUAAGUUAAAUAUAUGUAUCUAUUUAACAAUUAUGCCUAAUAAACUUACAUAGAAUAGAACCCAAAGCUGUGAUUCAAAUGAAGAAGUUACCGGUUGUUUAUUUUCAGGCACUGUUUUAAUGGCGGUUUUCCUCAAGCCUGAACUCACACAACAUGCUCUGUCCACAGAUGUCUUCUCCAAACUGCAGCGAGGGGCCCCCGACUAUGUAGUUGGAAAUCACUGUUUGUCUCCAAGGCACAGAAGGGCCUUUGAGUGUAUACGUGUGUUUUCGAUGCGCCAUGCUGAUUCAAUGACAGGACUGUGAGAGUGAAAAACGAAGGUGGCGCUCCUCUUGCCCAUAGCAAAAAUAAUCUGACAGUUGGGAGUUUAUAAUGGUAAACAUAUUACAUCCGUAUGGAAUUCUCACAAUCAAUGGGGAUGCUUUGCCCGCAUCUGUUUCUGUUUUAAUUGCAAUCAAUUAUUUAUUCAUUCCUCAGAAAAUAUUAUUACAUUAAUAACAAUGUAUUUAUGUAAAUUAUAAACAAUUAUCAUAUCAAUCAAUCAAUCAAUCAAUGUUUACUUAUAUAGCCCUAAAUCACUAGUGUCUCAAAGGGCUGCACAAACCACCACGACAUCCUCGGUAGGCCCACAUAAGGGCAAGGAAAACUCACACCCAGUGGGACAUCGGUGACAAUAAUGACCCAGUGGGACGUCGGUGACAAUGAUGACUAUGAGAACUUGCCAUAAAUUCUAAUGCUAUUUAAUUAAUAAUACUGUAAUAAUCCUACACAUUAAAACAUAGUUGGCAUUUUGGAGGAAAAAACUACCUAAAGUAACCUUAUGCGUCUUUUUGCAUUUAUUUAUUUAUUUUUUAAAUGUUAAGUUCAUCACAUUAUUAAGUAAUGGCAAUAAUUAUUAGACACUAAAUUGUAAUAGUUUAAAAAAAAGUACACAAGUAGCAUUAAUAAUAUAUUUUAUUUAUAGAGCGCUUUUCAAAACUCAAAGAUGCUUUUUACAGGUAAGGUAAAACAAAUCAGGGUGUAUAAAUUAGCAAAAAUAACAGUAAACAAUAAAAAAAAUAGACUGUGUAUCAUGAGUCCUUACAAAAAAAUGUUUUGUUUUUGCAUUGUUUUUGUCAAAGGUGCUGUAUGUGUGUUUGUGUUUUCUUCUCUUCGUCUAUUAUUGUUAGCAUUUUUUUGCUGUUUUGUUUUGUACAGCACUUUGUGCUUGCCAUUUGUAUGUGCAUGAAAAGUGCUAUAUGAAUAAAGUUGGAUUUGAUUUGAUUUGAAAA